GUCUAAUUCAUCAACGUACCACAAACAGGUUUCUAAGAUUUCUAGUAAGAGAAAACAUUUCUUCUUCUGUUCUUCAUCAUCAUCAUGAGUACUGCUUCAAGAGCAAGCAAGGCCAUUGUGGCAGCCAGUGUUGGGGUUGUGGAGGCUCUGAAAGACCAAGGCAUUUGCAGGUGGAACACACCCACCAUAAGAGCCGUGCAUCAACAAGCCAAGAAACAUUUCAGGUCAGUCUCUCAGACCAACAAGAACAAGCUCUUUCCUUCUUCAACCUCUGCUUUGAGCAAAAUCAGAGAGGAGAAGCUGAAGAAGUCGGAGGAGUCUCUGAGGACAGUCAUGUACUUGAGCUGCUGGGGUCCCAACAACUAGGUCGACGAGUUUCUAGCAAGCACACAAAAUCAAGUGCAUGAUUAUUUCCGCUUGGGCUGAACGAGCAUCAAACUUGUCGAUCAGAGCUUGUACUUAGCAAACUGAUCGAUGAAUUUGUUAUUGAGAGUGUCCUUAAUACUUUCUUCUACUUAUAAUGUUUUGUUAUGCAAAAUUGACGAUUGCAAUCUGAGAAUUGAUGUACCUUGAUCGAUCA